GGGUCGCAAAGAAACGCUGGACCACUCAGGGAAGUUCGGUCUCGGGACGGAAGAUGAGGCAGCCUCUUCGCUGUGGAAGGAGGCAGAUUCCGUUGUACAGGCUGUGACGGAGGAGGUUGUUGACAUUUCGUGGAAGCUGCAGAAGGCGCUUGGGGCAAAGCCUUCGAUGGCGAGUCAACUUCUUAGCCGUGUGGUGAGGCGCAUGGGAGACGACGAUGGAAUGAACAUCACCCUUCGCCGUGUCCUCGACGAUGACCAUAGCACCUCCCAAGAUGAGGGUCCGUCUGUCAACUACGAGCCGGCGCGGCUCCUGGUCUCCGAGACGCUGCAGCAGCUGCACCUUCAGGUGCACGAUGAGCGCGGACGUGACGUCGACAAGGAGUUGGAUCUGGCGGAGGAUGUGCGAGCCUUCUUGGCGGGCUCCCUCUAUCCGCAAGGCGACGACGAGCCGGAGAUGGACACACUGAUGACAGUUGUGACCAACUACGAGGAGGCCGUGGUGGUGGGGUUUGAAAACCCAAAGAUGCGCGACGAGGUGACUCUCACCCCGCCUGUCAACGUCGAUGAGGUUGAUGCCGAGAUCGUCGUUGUGGCAGGCUCUGCGUUGGGAUUCGUGGCGCCUGGUCAGCCACCCCACGUCCUCCACGUGGAUCCGGACACGGAGACGGCCAAGCAUGGCAUUCAGAGCGAUGACCUGCUGUUGAGCAUCGACGGCCAGGACAUCUCCCAGCUCGACCAGGACAAAGUCGCUGCGCUCCUCCGGACAGCGAAGUCCCUCAUCUUCGAGCGCCCGGCGGGCGCCGGAGGCGAGGAGGACGCUGGGCAAGCGCGUGCGGCGGAGGAGACCAAAGCCGUGGAAGCCAGGGCUCCCACCCAGGCUCAGCGGAGUCGCUCCAGAAGGAGAGGAAGACACCGAGAGUCCAAGCACGCAGACGACAG